AUGGCAUUUCGUAAUUUAACACGUGGUUUAUUUCAAAUAGUUACAAAUCGAAGAUUUUAUUCGUCGAUUCAACAACAAAUUUUUAUUCGAAAACCAAUAUUAACUAAUCAACAAUUUCGAUCAUUUUCAUCCGUAAUAAUACAAAAUGAUGCUUAUAAAGAUUUAAAUAAAUUUCUUGAAAAAGAAAUUCAAUUAGAAAAAAGUGCACAAAAACAUUCAAGUCAAUUGCCAACUAUUCAAGGUUUUGAGGUUCAAUGCGAUGGUCCUGAAAUAACAUUAACACGUAAAUCAGGAAAAGAAAAACUUACUGUUAAACUUAAUGUAACAAAUACAGUAAAUGCAACUGAAUCUGAUCAAGAUAUGAGUUUAGACGAAGCAGGACGACAACCAUCAGGUGGUGAAACAUCUCAACCAUCAUCACAAUUGAAAUCACGACCAACAUUUACUGUUGAUAUUAAUCAUGGUGCACAAACGUUAUCAUUUUUAUGUUCAUAUUUACCACAAGAUUAUCCAAAUGUACCACCAGAACAAUAUCAAAGUGGAGAAAAUGAUCAACAACAACAACAACAACAACAACAACAACGAGGAGAAAUUGAUAAUGAAAAUGAGAAAUUAGAAGAUUUUCAAAUUGAUGAAUUUGCUAUUCAUGAUGGAGAUUGGAACGAUAAUGUUUAUAGUGCUGAUUGUGCUGUUAUUGAUGGAGAACUUUAUGAUAAAUUACUUAAUUUACUUGAAGAACAUGGAAUUGGCGAAGGUUAG